ACUACAUCGCCAUUUUAUCCGCCUACUCACUCCUAUAACUGCUAAAAUAUUACUUCACAAGCAGGCCUCCUUAGUUAAGGGUAUUUAUGUUUAAUUUAAGUAUUCCUGUUUAUUAUUUCCAGUUACCGAGGCGGAUGGCGAUCUCAUGUCCAUGAUAGACUUCCGUUACUUUCGCUGCGUUAUGAAACGAGAGUGGAAGUGUCCAGAUAGCGAAAUUAACUUCUUUAUGUAUACACCGGAACACCCACAUCAGCAUUACAUUGACCCGCGAUAUCCGAAACUCCUACGAGAUUUUGGAUGGAAGAAAGUAAGGAAGAACGUCUUAAUCAUUCAUGGUUUUAAUGGCACAUAUGAUAAGACACCAAUGACUUAUAUACGAGACGCUUACCUGUCCAGAAAAGACUACAACGUUUUCAUGGUGGAUUGGUCAGUCCUUACAAGGUUCCCAUGUUACCUAUCAGCGCUGUCCAAUAUGAAAAAGGCUGCCCAGUGCACAGCUCAACUGUAUUCAUCUAUCACGCAAGCCGGUGCACUAGCGAAAACUAUCACCUGUGUCGGUCACUCGCUAGGAGCACAUAUAUGUGGCAUGAUCUCAAAUCACCUCACCGAGAAACAGUACAAAAUUGUUGGUUUAGACCCAGGCCGGCCUUUAGUAUCGGCCUACGGAUCGCGGCAGUUUCGCCUCGGACGCGAUGAUGCUUACGUUGUACACGUAAUACACACAAACGCUGGUUUCCUUGGAGAAGAUGGCUUGGUUGGGCAUGCCGACUUCUGUAUUAAUGGGGGGCGGUUGCAGCCCGGUUGCCAUGGACACGUCAUGCGUGUGGCCCGAUGCAGUCACUUCAUGAGUUCGUGCUAUUUCGCGGCUAGUGUGAGGAAAAAGAGACGUCUUGUCGGUAUCCCAUGUACAAGUUCAUGUCCUAAGGAGAAAGGACACUGGGGUAUUAGGUUCGAUCGAAAAGCCGUUAUGUUGGGGGAUGACGUACCUGAUGGUUCUCGAGGGAUGUACUGCAUCAACUUCGAGCACAACGAAGACUGCCCUUUCGACUAAGCAUGUUGUAGUAUCAGAAGUAGAAGGUAC